AUGUGUUGUCAUGACUCAUGUGGGAUUGAGAUUUCGUUUUUCUCGCUCGACAAAAUAAAUAAAAUGUUGCAAAGAAAGCUAUGAUGCUCAUUCCGUUUGAACCAAAAUUUCAUGUGUAUGUUUUUCUUGCGAUACUUUAUUGAACUAAAGAUCGAAAACUUAAAAAGAAUCAUACCAUACUAUGGAACAAAGCUAUCGUGUAUAUCCUACGCUUCCAGGUUUUGCGGAACAUUGUACUGAAUACAGCGAUGAAAUUGUUUGGAUCCUGCAAGAAUCGGAACUGAAUCGUUUGACUAUUCGUUAUACGUCUCCUCAGUUGCGUUAUCGUGAUGCUUUGGUUAACUUUGUUCGUUUGGUUGGCGAGUGCAAAACUUGUACUUUGCGAAGAUCAACAGUUCACCUCGCGAUUUAUAUGUUGGAUACCUUCAUGGAUAAUCAUAAUAUAACAGAUAAUCGUUUAAAUUUGGUUGCAUUAUCGUGCGUUAUACUGGCAGCAAAAAUUGAAGAGAACGAACCAAAUGUUCCAAAGAUGAAGAUUAUGAAUAAGCUCAUCCGGAAUCAAUAUGCAUCAAAUGAUUAUAUCGUGCUGGAAGUGCUCCUUCUGAAAUUUUUCAACUGGAACCUCAUCAUUCCUACAACGGCUACUUUUGUUGAAUAUUGGCUACUCAACGUCGUUGGAAAACAUGAUUUUCCUCCUUCAACACCUGAGAAGGUUUUUCACGAGCAUCGUGAAGAUGCAAUUAAUUUAGUGUUAGAUUUUUUGGACAUAACAUUGGUGGAUAUUAAAAUGAACAAUAUUCGGCCGUCGUUGUUGGCUUCUGCUUGUUUGGCCGCCGCACGUUUUUCAAUACAUGUGAGUAACGUAUGGUCUGAAAGCAUGGAAGAACUAACAGGUUAUUCACUCCAAGAAAUUGAUACUUUAUGGCGUGAGCUGAGUGACUCGAGAGCAUAUUUAAAUGAAAGAAAAACUGCGUGUCGCAAGCGAUCUGCGUUUGACUCGGGAUACAUAACGGACAGUUACUCCAUCGAUGAUGUAGAUGGCGAGGAAUGGGAUGAAUAUGAUACAGAGGAUACCGACGAUGAAAAUGUGCUAGCUUUCCAAAGCAAACGAGCUAGAUAAGGUCACUUUUCAGUAUCAUGAAUUACAUGUAAUUACAUAAAUGUAUAGAGGGAUUUAGAGAAAAAAAAUGCGUACCUACCUCGUAAUGAAAUUUAUUUCUACUUGGUUCAUAAGUCAUAGUCUUAUGGAACUCUUAAUUGCUUUUUCUUAUUUAUAGUUAUAUCUAGCGUGUCAGGAACUCGGAUACUUUUUCGAUGUACAGC